AUGGUGGGUGUGGGUGGCGGCAUCCGGGCUCGAUACAUCCUUAGGGUGGCACUCGUCGCCAAAGGUGGGGACCGAAGGCCCGGAGGAGCUCAAGGCCGUAUAGAAAUCUGGGAAAAAUCAAAGGGUGAAGGUCUGGGGCAACCACUGGGACUGAAGAAGGAUGGGGCUCGGGACGCCCCACGACAGUCAGGCCAGGCCCACCGCGCCGGCGGGGCCGAGCUCGCUACGGCAGCGAGGCACCGAGAGCUCCCGGCCGAGCCAUGCCCCUCCCGGGGGCGGCCCCUCGGCGGGCACAAAGCUCCGCUGGGCGCGAAGCGGCGGCUCCUCCCUUCCUCCGCUCGUAGCUGGACCGCGUUACCGCGGCGCUCGCUCCGUUCCUGCGCGGCGGGCGCAGGUUUGAGGCAGCGCCGCGCCAUGGAGGCCGAGGAUGCCGCUCGGGCCGCCGCUGGGGCCGCCGCUGGAGCCGAGGCGGCGCCGCCCGGGACCGCCGCUGCUGCUCCGCGCCGGCUGCUGGCGCUGCUGGGCGACAAGCUGUGCACCUGGCAUAUUUUGAAAACAAUCCUCCUGGGCCAGAUGCUGUCCUUGUUUAUCUGUGGGACUGCUGUUACAAGCCAGUACCUGGCAGAACAGUACCAAGUGAAUACUCCAAUGUUUCAAAGUUUUAUCAACUAUUCUUUACUUCUUCUAGUUUAUACAACAAUGCUGGCGUUUAGGACUGGCGGUGACAGUCUUCUUCAAAUUCUGAAGCAGAGGUGGUGGAAGUAUAUUUUUUUGGGACUGGCUGAUGUUGAGGCCAAUUACAUGAUUGUAAAAGCCUACCAAUACACGACUCUCACGAGCGUUCAGCUACUGGAUUGUUUUGGGAUUCCUGUGCUGAUGGCUCUGUCCUGGUUCAUUCUCCGUGCAAGGUACCGGCUGAUCCAUUUCAUUGCGGUUGCUGUCUGCUUGCUGGGUGUCGGAACGAUGGUGGGUGCUGACAUUUUGGCAGGGAGGCAGGACAGUGAAGGAAGUGACGUGGUGAUUGGAGAUGUCUUAGUUCUUCUGGGUGCUUCUUUGUAUGCCAUAUCUAAUGUGAGUGAGGAAUACAUUGUGAAAAAUCUGAGCAGAGUCGAGUUUCUAGGAAUGGUGGGCUUGUUUGGGACUAUUAUCAGCGGUCUGCAGCUAGCCAUUCUGGAGCAAAAGGAUAUAAUGAAAAUUCAGUGGAACUGGAAAAUAGCAUUACUGUUCAUAGUAUUUGCCCUGUGUAUGUUUGGGCUGUACAGCUUCAUGCCAGUGGUGAUUAAAGUUACGAGUGCAACCUCGGUCAACUUGGGCAUUCUUACUGCAGACCUCUACAGUCUUUUCUUUGGACUCUUCUUGUUUUACUAUAAAUUUUCAGGUCUUUAUAUCCUGUCCUUUGUCAUCAUCAUGGUGGGCUUCAUCCUGUAUUGCUCAACUCCAACUCAGACUGCAGAGCCCACCACCGUGCCACAGCCACGCAGUGCUGGCUUGGACAAUGCUGCUCUGAAGCUUGAUGAAAAUGACAGCGAAACGCCAGCUCUAACCGUACAGUUUACGAGAGGAGAAUCCGUGGUGGUCAGCACUGAUUGAAAAAUGGCAGCAUUUCAAAACAGAGCUUUUAUUUUAUUGCCAAAAUUUCCUUCAAAUAUUAAUCUGGAGAACUGUUCUACUGCCAGAGCGUAUGUUGUACUGGGCUGUUUUUAAUGCACUGAAUAAACUUUUUAAGGCCAGAUCCUCAGUCAGUGAAACUAUAUCGAUUUUCUCCUGCAGAGAAUCUGGCCCUUGAAGAAGACAGAGUAAUAUUUAUGUGGAGUCUCUACAAGGUGAGAGACUGUUAUUUUUAAAUGCUUAAUUAGCUUAGCAGCAAAUGCUUGGGGAGAAAAACUAAGCCAAAGAAAGUACUCAGGUCACUAAAUGGAGUAGAUGUGCUUUAUAUUUCAUUAGGAACCUACAUCUGCAAGGUGCCAUCUGAGGGCUGCUGGUUCCCACAUCUCAGUGCCAGGAACCCUCGGUGUCUUGCAGGAGCAUGGGAUCUCAUGGGAUCUGGUGCUGUAAGACAUGUUAUGUGCACACACCUUCCACGUGCUGAUGGACCUUAUUUGUUCACUGGAGGCAUUUGCGUCUUACAUUCCAGCUAAUGUUUGUCUCUUCAUAUUGCUGCAUUCUUUGUUGCAGCUGGGGCUGCAGCAGAGAAUAAGUAUUUUAUUUUCUAUUUUAUUUGUAAGGGCGGCUUGUAUAUGUGUGUUUGUAAUUUUUUCUCUCAGUAGCUUGCUGUUUGGUGCGCUCCUACUAGGUGGAGACAAAAUCAGUACUCUGUUCCAUAAGAACUGAUUUUAUUUCUUCUGGAUGAGACAGCAAAAAGAAGUUUGAAUUGAAGUUCACUUCUUGGCGAAGUUCUCUCUGAGAUGGGACACAUUUAUGCAGAAAGAUUUGAAUACAAGUGGCAUUUCAUAAAACAGUUUAAGGCUUUAGCCAAUCCUCAUUGCAACAGUAAUGAUAUAGUCUUCAUAAGGUUAGAUGCUUUCAGGAGAUUCAUUGGUAAUUUUCUUCCCUGUCUUUAUAUUUUGAGUAAAAUGAUUAAAAUACUUGAAGCUGCAAUUUUAACAUCAGUAAAAUAAUGUAAGGAUCUUUUUUUGUAUAAAUCUUCACAGUUCA